CGUCAUAUAUUCAUUUGGUUUCGUAAUUGUAUCUACUGACGAUAUAUAUAUUUUGUGCACCUUUACAUAUAUAUGUCUAAAUGUGCUCGCGGAGAACGAAUUAUGGCAUUGUAUCUUAUCAGAGCUAAGAUAUUUGCACACGGAAAUUCACGUUUACGUACAUUUGCCAGCGUAUCAACCAUGAAGAAGGGAUUGGUGCUCGGUGUGUACGAGACGGACGACGAGAAUAAAGUUGCACUUACUUCGACGGCAGCCAGAUAUAAUGAACUUAUUAAAGGCCAAUUGUGGAAAUAUAUCCUGUUAGCAGGUCCAAAAAUCCCUAAAGGCCAUGCCAGAGUGUUUUGGGGAUUGGAUGAAACAGAUUAUAACGGUGUCGCAGUAGUUGGUCUGGGAAAACAGAGUCUUGGUAUCAAUAAACUUGAAGAAAUCCACGAAGGAAAAGAGAACGUGCGUACUGCCGCAGCAGCGGGUUGCCGUGCUUUGAAUGAUGUCGAUAUAAAAGACAUCAAUCUAGAGACAUUAGGCGAUGCAGAAGCUGCUGCUGAGGGAGCUGGUCUUUGUACGUGGCUCUAUCAAGGAUAUAAACAUGAGGAAAAAAAGAAGAAGUUACCAAAGAUAUCUUUGUAUGGAAAGGAAGGAGAGAUAGAAUGGCGAAUGGGUAUUAUCAAAGCUCAGGCACAAAAUUGGGCUCGCGAACUUGCGGACACGCCCGCGAAUCUGAUGACACCCACAAUAUUCUCGCAACGAGUUUUGGAUGUGUUGACGAAAUUUGGGGUCGACGUCCAGGUGCAUGACAAGAGUUGGGCCGAACAGAAGAAGAUGGGUUCAUUCCUCAGUGUUGCGCGAGGAAGUUGCGAAUCACCCAAGUUCCUCGAGAUCAACUAUAAAGGCGCCGAAAAUCCGAACGAACCUCCAGUAACGUUUGUUGGUAAAGGAGUCACCUUCGACGCCGGUGGUAUCAGUCUUAAACCGCCAUCAGAGAUGGAUGAAAUGCGCGCCGAUAUGAGCGGUGCUGCUUGUGUAGCCGCUACUAUUCGAGCUGCGGCGGAGCUCAAAUUGAAGAAAAACAUUGUCGGACUGAUACCGCUCACGGAAAAUUUACCGUCUGGACAUGCGACAAAGCCGGGCGACUUGGUGCAAGCGAUGAACGGCAAGACUAUUAUCGUGGAUAAUACAGAUGCAGAGGGCAGACUGAUUCUCGCUGACGCACUUUGCUACGCUCAGGAAUUUAAUCCGAGAUUUAUCUUGGACAUUGCUACGCUAACUGGUGCUAUAAGAGUUACAUUAUCAAACGCCGCGACUGGAGUGUUUACCAAUGACGGAGAUCUUUACGAAACUUUGAGAAACUCUGGCACAAUAACCGGUGAUCGAGUAUGGAGACUUCCUCUGUGGCAACAUUUUACCGACGAAAUAUCAAGUAAGAGAUAUUUUCCAAUUCUUGAUUAUCUAUGUUAUUAGAUUCUCUCCAAUAAU